GUUGAUUGGCUUAUCAUAUGUUCGCUCUGCUAUUUACUGCUAAUUUUAUUUAGUUAGUCUUAGUGUAAAAUUGAACAUUAUUUUUAAACAAAACAAUAACUUUAAUUUGAUUUUCAUGAAAUUUAACAAUCUAAAGAAUUUUAUUGGUUUUAAACGGCAAGAGCAGUCUCGACUCGCAAAAUCGUAAAUCGUGGAAAUAUCCCCUUUUCCCAAAAAGGAUAUUUCUUGUUGCACUCACUGAGCAUGUCAAAAAAUCUGCCUACAGAAAAAAAUAUAUAUUUUUCAUCUUCUCGUAGAAGAAGCAGCAUUUUUAUCGGGUGUGGUGUGGUUCUUGAUUUUUGUUUAAUAACUAUUUUUCCUGAAUCCUGAUCCUAAAAUAAUUUCGUGUUAAUCCAACCCACAUUACAAUCUUGAAAUCCUCAGAAUACUCUUCGUGACUUAGUUAACAAUGAAGAUUUGAACUAAAACCAAAACUCGGUCCUGUAUUGACAUCCAUAAGGAUAUUUUACACCAAUCCCGAAAUAUAACAAAAACCAAUUUAAAUAAUUUAACAUCCGUCCCCCUCGCAAAAAGAAAAAGAGCCUCCUUCUGAAAAAUGGAAAGUAAUGAGAUCUCGAUGUUUAUGGACGUCAAGAUAGACAUCCAUGAUAAGAAAUCCGAAGCCCUCAAAUUUAAAUCAUGGAUGAAAUGUCUUGUUAAAAUCGAAGCAAUAAAGUGUCUUCCUUGUUUCUUACGCAUAACUUUUAUACGUAAUGUGGAAGAAGAGGCCGCCAAUCUAAGUGUGUCAAUUAAUAUUCCUGGAAUUACCAUCAGUUUGGCAUCGUCAAGGACCAAACAGCAUUCGUAUGGUAUUUUUUGGCUGCAAAACCGAAAGAGGUGUUUCAUUUAUUUUGCUGUUGACUCAGAGUCUAGUUGCCGCCGUCACAUGAAAUGGAUGAAGAAAUCUAUAAAGAAUCUCGAACUACACCGACAGAUAUUUCUAGAAACACGGCGUUCGAGUCGAGGCCGCCUUGAAGGUACUUCAACUAGCAAAUCGGGUAAACAGAAUUUACAAGCAAUCUUAGGUCCAUUGCCUAAAAUUCCAGAUGCUGAUAGUAUAAAUUGGUCAAGACGUGUUUCUGGAAUGUCGGGAAUUUAUGAAGAAAUACCUGAUGGAUUUGACAAAAUUGUACCUCAACCUCGGGGAUCCGUAGCAUCUGGUAUAUAUGAGGAAAUGAAACCGACAGCUAUCGAAUGCAAGGCAAUAAGCGAGGAGGCCCUUGAACCCGCACCACCACUCCCACCACGUAAACGUAUCAACACUUUCGAGCAAGACAUUGGCAUACCUCGAUCAAAUACAAAUCCCGAAUCGGAAAUGGCUAAGAAGAAAAAAUACAAAAACGUUCUGGAAAACAUAUUCGGACGCUCGAAACGUUCUGAAAGUGUUAGCGAAGGUCAGGUAAGUACUACUGAAGAUCUUAUAAGAGGCAGUCCGGACAAAGAGCAGCAUCCUCAACAAUACUACGCAAACACACCUAACAGUCAUCUGCGUCAUAAACAAUACACCGCUUCGUCAAUGGGACGCAAAAAAGCAAUGGCUAAUAAACGCAAUAGUUUUUCAAGUCCAGAUCUGUCUAAACUUAAUGUUUUCGAAGAUCUGUCGAAUCUAGAUGAAAAUAUUUCAUUGUCAUCAGAAUUGUUACCAUUGGAAAAUCUUGAUGAUUCUUCUAUAGAAAUCACAGCGAACAAAGAAGAAUCUCCAUUAAAGCGUGAGUCUUUGGACAGUUUGAAUAUAUCCGAACAGAUUCAACCGAAUUUUAAUUUUUCAUGCAAUACAUCGAGUGUUAAUUUGGUUGGUUCAAAUUUAAAUAUCAAAACCAACCAACAACAGGUUCUUAUUGAUGACAAUUCGGGUUAUUGCGCCAUGGCGCCGAUACUCAAAGAACAAUCCUCGGAUAGUGAUAAGGAAAAUGAUGAUGAUCAUGAUCAAGAAGAUGACAACAACAAAGUGGAUGAACAUCAAAAAUCACACAAUGAAAGUGCCAUCUAUGAAAAUAUGGCCAAUUCUUCUUCUCUAAAUAAAUCAAACCUCUAUGAGAACAUAGGAAUAAGUCUGCCCACAACUGGAGAAAAAAGAGCUGUUAAUCUCGAUGAGAGUUACUAUCAGACGCCGCGUAAAUCGGUGAUAAGCAUUGAUGAUAAAAUUCCAUCUUAUUAUCCAAAUAGUUGUGACACAGCCAAAACGAGACGUCGCAGUCCAUCGAUUGCCGAAAAAACAGCAAAUUCAAGUAAUUUCCGUCACUUGGCGAACAUCAAAGUUAUCCGCCGCGAAAAUCUUUACAUAUCAUCACCGCAGAAAAUCAUCGAUCAGCGCUUGCGUUCUACCGCUGUUACAGAGGAAGUGGACAACAAUCAUAGAAGUCCGACAAAAAAGUCAUCAUCAUCGCCGCUAAUGGCUCGCAAAAUCUCCGAAAAUGUCUACACCGUUACGAGACAAGUCGACGAAGUGGGUGAACAUCAAUUAGCACACAGCCAAUCACAAAGGAUUCUCAAUUUGGCUGCCUUGCAAAACAUCGAUUUUCGAUUUGAUGACACCAAAAACGAAUCGGAUUUGAAGAAUAAUUGCAUGCAAGGAUCGGAGAGUGCUUCGAGGAUCUAUCAAAAGUAUGCCACUCUCGCUAGAAUCACUCCCAACAAUAAAUACAUUGAAAAAUGCUCCAAAGGCAAAACCAGCUCAACUAACAAUGAUCUCAGCAAUGUGAAGAAGUUCACUUCCUUACCUAGAUUUAAAAAAAUUGAUUUUUCACCGCUCAAGCUCAAGAUUAACAAUGUCUUGCAACGCCAUCAGAACAAUGAAGUUUGAAACUUGUAACAAGUCUUAUUUGUAUAUCAGCUGCCUAACAUAUCAUAGUAAAGUGUUUUAUUUUUCAAAGCGCUUAUGUUUUUAGUCAGUCAGUUUCUUUUUUUAUUAGCGCUUAAAUACAAAUGCUCAAUUUUACAGUAGAACCGGCUUAAUUGAAAAAAAAAACAAAUUGU